GCCUUCAUCCGGGAACUUCAACGAAUUCGCUUUCCAACAUGGCGGCGUCAGCUAAGAAGAAGAAUAAGAAGGGAAAGACCCUCACUCUCAAUGACUUUCUGGCUGAAGACGGUGGAGGUAGUAGUAGUAAUGCACCUCCGAGCUACCCGUCCAAGUCCACAAGCUGGGCCGACGAGACCGACGACCUGGACGGAGAUGUUUCGACAUCGUGGCACACCGAGGAGGAUACGUACCGGGCUCCACCCAUCGAUCGCUCAAUCCUGCCCACAGCUCCCCGUGCGGCCCGUGAGCCCAACAUUGACCGGUCCCGACUGCCCCACAGCCCGCCGUACACGGCGUUCCUGGGCAACCUGCCCUAUGACGUCACUGAGGACUCGAUAAAAGACUUCUUCCGUGGCUUGGCAAUCAGUGCAGUGCGUCUCCCUCGUGAACCCAGUAACCCAGAGAGGCUGAAAGGUUUUGGUUAUGCUGAAUUUGAUGAUCUGGAGUCCCUUCUGAGUGCCCUAACCCUAAAUGAAGAGAACCUGGGGAACCGAAGGAUCCGUGUUGAUAUCGCAGACCAGUCCAAUGAUAAAGAACGAGACAGUGGACCCAUGGGAGGCAGGGGUGGACGGAUGGGAGACAUGGGUCCAGACAAGACGGACAGUGACUGGAGAGCUCGGCCAAGCUCGGACCAAGAUGACAAACCUCCAAGGAGGGAUGAUCCUUUUGGAGAAAGGUCACGGGACCGCUACGAGUCCGAUCGUUUUAGAGACGCUCCACGGCGGGAUACUGAUCGCUACGACGGGGGAAGAGACCGCUACCGGGAUCGCUACGAUGACAGGGACCGCAGAGAUCGUUAUGACGACCGGGACCGUCGGGAUCGCUACGACGACAGAGACCGUAGAGACUACAAUAAAGGCUUCGACUCCCAUGGUGGAGGAGGUCGUCGUGCCUUUGGUAGUAGCUUCCGUCGAGACUAUGAUGACAGUCGGAGUAACGAGGACCGGGAGGAUCGAUACGAUCGACGAGAUGAGAGACCUCCUCAGCAAAGACCCAAGUUAAACCUGAAGCCUCGCAGCGUACCAAAGGAGGAGGAAGGUACAGGCAGCAGCGGGGGGACGUCUCCAUCUGUCGCUCCGAGCUCCGGCAGCAGGGCCUCGUCCAUUUUUGGUGGAGCCAAACCAGUUGACACAGCAGCCAAGGAGAGGGAGGUGGAGGAGAGGCUAAAGAAAGAAGAAGAGAGGCUGCAAAGGCAGCUGGAGGAGGACAAAAGCCGAGGACCUGAUAGAAAGAUGAGGGACAGGGACCCUAGCUGGCGCAACGAGGAAACGCCUACUGAACGAUCCCGCACAGGAAGUGAAUCCUCACAAGGAAAAGGAUCAAGAUGUCGAGAUGGGGAGCGCUCUGGAGAGAAUGAGGUUUUCUCUGGGAGAGAAGGGAACUCUUCUCCUGGUUCCUCCCCACUGCCGCCCUCCACCAGCUCUACAAAGGAGCCGCUCAAAGUGAUGCCUGCUCCACCUAAGGAGAACGCAUGGGCCAAACGAAGUGCAGCGAGCACGGGAUCCAGCGAGGGAGAGCCCCGACAGCCGGUCUCUCCGGUGUCACCGAGUGGUUCGACUCCUCCUAAGUUCAGUUCUUCAAAUUCUGCAGAUGAAAGAGGAUCUGGAAAAGACGAGAACAAGGCUGACGGUGCGCGAUGGGACCGUGGGGUCCCACGGACACGAGGUGGACCACCUGCAGGUCUAGGAGCUGGCCGGGGCCGAGGAGAAACGCCCAGCAAAGACCGAAAAAAGGAGGCAGAGAGAAAGGAGAUCAAAAAAGACCGGGAUGCCAGACCACCUCCAGAGCCAAAGAAAUACGAAGAAACCCCAACCCCUAAGUUCAGCUCAGCCAGCAAGUACGCCGCUUUGCUAAUGGACGGCGACCAGGGAGAGGAGGCAGAGGUCGAGUAGACGACAACAAAACGAGGCCUGAGAAGACGAGAGGAGGAGAAAACAACAAACUCCAGGAAAAAGAAGAAAAAAAAUUCUCACAGUUUAUCGAAGAAGAAGAAAUAAAGAAAAACAUCUUUUCACACAAAGUGGCUCUGAGGGGUGGCGCCACUCCCUCUCUCCCAUUUUCCUCCCACAAACCUGUCCUUGAACCUCCCACCCAUCCCCCCCUCCCCCGCCCCGCCUUCAGGACUUUUCAGGUUCUAAAGAUUAGUCUCCUACUGGACUUGUUUUAAAUGGAAAAGAGGAAUAGAUGACACCGUGAGAAGUGAUGGUAAACUUUGACUUAAUUGUAACAAAUAAAUGGAAAAAGUGAGGAAA